GCGAUUUUUCUUGUGUAAUCUUGUAGAUGAGGCUUCGUGUCUCGAAAGGGUUUAUGGAGUUUAAAAGCCGGUUACAUUAUUGUAGGGGAUUUUGGGGAUUUUUUGAAUGUGGUGAACACCCCGCUGGAGUAUAAUUUGAUUGAUUUGAAUUUGUUGAAGUAAGCGUUGUACGGAGGAUAGUAUAAUAUGUUGGGAGUUUAGGGUUUAUAUAUAUAUUUUUUGGAGCGAGGUAAGGGAAGGUAGAGAGUGAUGGUGAUGGUGGCGGCGUGUGGCAGCGAGCGGUGGAGUGGCAGCCAUUCACUCGGGCCGGAGCUCACACACUCAGUGCUCGCCGCUCUCACUGCUCGCUCGUGGCUUCUGUGCCGCGAUUGUGCAAUGGUGCCAGUCUGGUGAAGUGAUUUAGUGCUUUAUAACCCGACGGUGGCCAUGUUGGUGCGUUAGUGGCGCACGCCUCCAACACCCGUCAUAGUCUCAGUAGGACUAUAUAGUGAAGGGCGCGAGCCUAUAUAGUAGUGCCCCGGUGUUAUUGAUCUUGUGAUAGCGUGUUUACAUCUCGACUCUAUGCUAAGAUGUGGCACAGUGGCCAGGGUCAGGGUGGCAUAGUGGAGCAGGUCACAGUGGUGCCCCAGCGAGGCGGGUGCAUCCCAAUUCCCAUAGCGGGAGACGAGAGCGCCAGACCCAAGGUUUCCUCCCCUACCACCGACUACAAGUCUCUCUACGACUCCCACAACGACUCGGGGUUUCUCUCCGGCUCGAAUCUCAUCUCGUCGUGUUUGGGGUGUGACGACAACCCUGCCAGCAGUCACAGUACAAGCAGCAGCAGCAGCAGCGCGAAUAACAUGCGCUCAGAACAGACGAGAGUGGUUGGGGAAGCCCAGCAGCACGCCUCGACUCCUGACAAGGCCCACACGGCUCUCUCACAAGCCAAACUCGACUCUGGCAUAGACAUCUCGGAGCAGCUCAGUUCUCUCCACCUCGCGUCUCCCUCCACCUCCUCCUGCUCCUCCAGCAGCGUCACCUCCUCAGAGGCUGGCGAGGCUGAGACCAGCACACCAAAGCCAGCGACGCCUCCACCGCGACGCUCACGUCUGGGCCUCAGCGAAGCACAGAUCGCCCUCUUGCAGGAGAUCUUCCAACGGGACGAAGAUGGAGACACGUCAGACGUGUAUACACGUGGCGGCCCAGGGAGGCCACAAGGACAUCCUUCAGCACCUCACCUGGUAUGGUGCAGAUAUCAACGCCAGAGAAGGCAAGAGUGGACGAACUGCCCUCCACUACGCUGUCGAGGCCCGCGACCCCAGCCUAGUGGCCUUUCUCACAGAGUCCUGUAGGGUCUCCCUCACCCUAGAGACGUAUGCGGGCCUAACACCCUAUCAGUUGGCCUUAGCGAACGGAGCGACGGGCCUGGCUAACCUCCUCCUGGAGCUUGGUGCCCCUAGUGACGCCCUACCCCCGUACCUCACUGCUGACGACGACCUCGACUACGAUGAGGUGAGUGGUGCAGUGGAGAGUACCAACGGAUGGGGCAACGUGGACGACCUCAGGAUUGGUGGCGUGCCAGUGCCUAUGGCGAUGCCUGUCCCUGUUAAUGAUAACAAUCCCUUCAAUGCUGACCUCUACUUCUAAGCCCAUCGAGGACCUGAGAUUGGCUGCACAACUUUUGAAUCAAGACAUGAUCAAAAAUGCUCAUGCUAUGAAGCAUUGCUAUUGACCUCAUGUUGACCUAUACACAGCUUUUUCCAAGCGGAAAGAAAAGGCCCUAUGAACGGUGCCUUUGCUCGUGUGGUAUUGCAGUAGGCCGUGGGGGCUCAGAGCCAGUGAGUGACACUGUGGGGCUCGGUGCAGGAAAUGGUGCCUUGGAUUUUACCUGCUUAUGCUUUUCUCUUGAGAAGCUAAACUGCUGAACUCCAUUGGAUAUUUCGGUCCCCUUGCAUUAUGCGGCAUUCUGGAGCUCAGACUGCACGAGGUGUAUUACCUUGGAAACAAGACACACUGAGAGACAUGUGAUAAAGUGGAAUGAAAAAUUGAAUUAAAAAUCAAUUGUUGACGUUUUGGCUACCUUGAAAGAAUUAUAUGGCAUAAAAUGUUCAUACAGAUUAUUCUAACCUUGCUGUAACAAACAUUAGUGAGCAUUUCAAGUUAAUUUCUCAAAGAGGGCAUAUGACUGUCUAUCUGUGAUCUCAAAUAAUGGGGUUAGCUUUGAACAGAAAAUGUAGGAGUGGAAAACUGUAAUUGUUUUGGGCAGUUUGGAAGCCUGGAGUAUUGUACCUCACUGUCUUGAUGGGAAGGCAACUUUACAUUUCUCAAAUGUAUAUCUGUAUUUACAGACUUUGGACACGACUGCCUGCUCAGUAACUGUUUUAAGCCGUGCUCUUUGAUUUUUUUUCAUAAGUUUGAUUUUUCAAGCUCCAUCAGAAUUCCUUAUCAGGCAGAGUAGAUUCAAAUGAAACUUGUCAAGUUGUCCUGUAUUCUCGUAGAGAAGCACUUGUUUUCUUGCCUCGCAGCUAGAGCAGACAGUAUAUCCAUUUAGAUUUGAAGAUCCACUGCACAAGCUGCAUGCGUCAUGGUAUAUGAGAGUGCAUUGUGAUAUUCAACAGUUCAACAUAUUCAUUAGUGGGCCAUAAACUUGGCAUAUUUUAAGAUGGAAACAUUGUCUUAACAAAUAUUUAGGUUAUUUAAAAGUAUAAUAAUGUAAUUUAUAUUAAUCCUUUCACCAAAAUGUUUAAAAAUUAUACAGAUAAUACAAUAUAUGGUAAUUUUCAAUUUAUAUUACACUAAUCCUUUAAUUAAUUUGUUAAAAUUUCCAUUUCAAUACUUUGAGAGAGUACUGAUAGUCAUAGUAAAAAUUAUCAGGAACAUUUUGGUAUAUCAUAGGUAAGGUAUUAUGCUGUACUGAUAUUUUUCAGUUACCACAAUGCAUCUCUGCCUAGCGCAGGUCUAAUGACUUUGAUGAUCAAAAAAAAAAUGUUAGGAGUGGCAUUACCUACAAAUAUUGUGCCAGUUUUGAUGUAUAUAUAUCGUUCCUUCAUAUCAACAAUACUGUCAUACUAGAAACUGAAUGGUUGUAGAUUUAGAGUGCACUGCCUUUCUACUUCCAAAUAUUGACCUUUUGUAUGUCAAGGUUAUAAAUUCUAGAUGGUUAAGGCAGAGUGUAUCUUGUCACACUCAUUACAAUCAACAUUUAAAUAAUGUAUUUACAUGCUUGAAGAAUUCUUGGCAAGUAAUUAGAAUGCCCAGGUUAGCCUAGUAUAACAAAAAUUUUACUAGGGCAAAAAGAGUUGGCACGAUAUAGUUUAAUACAGGUACUGUAGUUCUAUUUUUGCCAUCAGAGUAAAUAUAUGUGGUUAUAUAUACUGUUAUGACAUAUGGUACUGCCACUUAACUGUGGUGUUUAUCCUCUCAACAUGACUGCUUAUAAAACUUUGCCUUGGUGCCCAGCUCAACCCAGAUACAAGGCUUUCAAACUACAUACAUCUACAUUUAUAUUCUACAUAAACCUGGAUCUCCACAUCAGUGCUACGCCGAUUAGCACUGACGUGGUGUCCAAUAUGUGCGCCCAGAGCUGUGGUCACUUCCACCUGAAUGUUUUCUGUGUUAGUUUGUGUUAUGCCUCUUCAUGAUGGGACUAGCGGCUGCUACACUGCUGGUUAAUGAAGCUGUUUCUGCAGCUGGUGGUGACUGCUGUUGAUGCCAUGGGUGUUUGUAACUGAUGGUUGCCUUUGGCGAGUGAAGCUGUUUUAUUGCAGCUAGUGGCAACUGCUAUUAAUGCCAUAAGUAUUAUUAAUUGAUAGUUGCUGCUAGUAGUGUGAAACAAGAAAUAGUUGUCCCAGGUAAUGGUUACCACAAUUGUUGUUGCGAGUAGUAGAGAGCAAGAUGGAUGUCUUGUCACAUUGGCAAUCAUCUGAUUAUUACUGUGGUAGCACAACUUGAGGGUUGCAUCAGUUAUAUUCCUUAACUCUUUCUUACAUUGUCCUGUAAAUAUUCUUCUGUAUAUAUUGUACAAUUGUCACGUCUUAAUUUGUCAGUGUAAUAAAAUUUAUUUAUUUAA